UAACUAAAGGUUGAAUCGAUUCGACACCAUUAGCUUCAGGCAUUAGCAAAUGGAACCCCAAAAUAUAAGUGGAAUGAUUAAAAAGUCAUAGAAGUGACCAUGCAAAAGGAAUUUUAAAAUUGGCAAAAGAUUUGUUUUGAAUUAGGAUGGGAAAUAUUGACUCAAAGGCGGUUGUGAACUUUAAAGGGAAUAAGAUACUGAAAAACAAAAAGAAACUUGAGCUUGUGGAACCCGUUUUGACGGAUAACCAGAUUGAGGCUCUACAAGAGUCGUGGGGAAUACUAAAACAUGACAUCAGCAGAGUCGGCGUGGUCAUGUUCAUGAAUUUAUUUCAAACCCACCCAGAAGUCCAGGAUGCAUUUCUGCCAUUCCAACAACUGGCAAAGGAAGACAUGGAACAUAGUGCUAUCUUGCGAUCACACGCCCUCCGUGUGAUGGGUACAGUCGAUAAAUGUCUGGCCCGGAUACGGACGCCAGAAAAACUCCAGAAUCUCAUGCAUGAACUGGGAGAAAGACAUGCUAAUUAUAGCGCUAGACAGGAAUUCAUAGAUCUGGUGGGUUCCCAAUUUGUGUACGCCAUAAAACCUCAUUUAGAAGAUUGUUGGAGCAAAGAAUUAGAAGAGGCCUGGCUUCAGUUAUUUAGGGUUAUGUCUUUUCACAUGAAGAAAGGGAUGAGGGAAUCCAACGUCAUUACGUACUAGAUAAUAGUUAGACGAAAGAACCUCAAAAAUAGAGGUCUCCUUUCCAGGUCGUGCUGCCUUAGGGAAAAAUCUUAUUAACGUUCCAUCCUUUCAAUGACUUACUAUUUGCACGAAGAUGCAAUUAUGACAUCGAAUCCGUCUUGACAUUGAGUAUAAAACUUGUUGUUCAUUGUGUACGUGUUAUUCGUGGUUGGCGUAAACUUAUUGAGUGUUUCUUAAUAUAUUGGUAUAUUGGAAUCUGUUUAUUGAUUUUUCUUAUUUAGAACAAAUAUUUGCACUAAUAAUUUGAAUUUAUUUGCUAUUGAAUGGAAUUAUGUAUUCAUAUUGAUUCAAAUACAAGCAAUAUCACUUAAUUUUAUUUUAAUUUUACAAAACAUUGCGUGUUCUUACGCUUCUUAAA